AUGACACGAGUCUACUCUUUCUGGGUAUUCGACCGACACUGUAACGCCAUCUACUACCAAGACUGGUCGCAUCUACAUUCAGCUGCUGCAACAGGGCCUAGCGGUCCCACCAGCCCGACUUUGUCACAAACUUCUGGAUUCGCUUCGCUAGGAGCUUCGAUUCAGCGGGCAACAAGCAGCACUCAGAAUGCACCAUCAAGCAAGGCAUCUCUCCCUCCUCAACGGCCUGGUGAGCCAUCACUUGCAAAUGUCACACGAGGUGGCCCGUCAUCUUCCGUUCAGCAAACCUUGUCGAAGGGCCCAGCGUCUGGCGCUCGUCCAACGUCAGAGCAGAGGGCCGGAGCAGUAGAGAAUCCUGCUUCCGAGCUACUUCCCUUCGAUGAAGAGGCCAAGCUGGUCUAUGGUGUUGUCUUUUCGCUGCGCAACAUGGUGCGCAAACUCGGUGGAGAAUCAGAAAACUUCAACAGCUUCACCACAUCAACAUAUACCCUGGCGCAUCUGCAUACCCCGACCAUGUACACAUUCGUCAUUCUCACCGAUCCAGUCCCGCCUCCCUCCUCGAUACCUAGUCGCAACAGCGAAGGCUAUUCCAUCGGCAAUGCAUCUGCAGCUCUGUCAGGACGAUCCUCUUUCGGCACAGGUGGUGGCAUUCCGGGUACAGGAGGGAUGAGUCUAAAAGGUGUCUUGCUGCAAAUCUACCGUGGUCCUUGGGUGGACAACGUUGUCAAGAACCCUUUGCUCAGAGCGCUCGAAAGAGAAGAGAGGAUUGUCGAGCCAAAUCAAGACGCUCAAGACAAUCCUGGAGCGGCGAAGAUCAACGUUGUUCGAGAGGUGCGAUCGGAGCGUACGCAUGGUGUUGACACAGAUGCCUUUCGAGAAAGCCUCGAAAAGGGUGAGUGGACUUUCGACGCAUCCGAUGCAUGA